UCCGCCGGCUACUGAAUCGGAAGUUCUGGGCAGUAGUUGAGUGAAAUGAGCAACCGCGGGCGGAGCGGGCUGCGGCCGGGGAAGGGGUACGCAGAUGGUGUGGCAGAGACUCCUAUUGCUGCCUCAGCCUCCUGCCAGUACCGGUGCAUCGAAUGCAACCAGGAGGCCAAAGAGUUGUACCGAGAUUAUAGCCACGGUGUGCUGAAGAUCACUAUCUGCAAAUCCUGCCAGAAACCUGUAGACAAAUAUAUUGAGUAUGAUCCUGUUAUCAUCUUGAUUAAUGCUAUUUUAUGCAAAGCCCAGGCCUACCGACAUAUUCUUUUUAAUACUAAAAUAAAUAUCCAUGGAAAACUCUGCAUGUUUUGUUUGCUUUGUGAAGCAUACCUGCGGUGGUGGCAGCUUCAAGAUUCCAGCCAGAACACGGCCCCUGAUGACUUGAUCAGAUACGCUAAGGAGUGGGAUUUCUACAGAAUGUUUGCCAUCGCCUCUUUAGAACAAACUGCCUUUUUUAUUGGCAUUUUCACUUUCCUGCGGAUAGAACGGCCCAUGAUGGCAAAAAAAAAGCCCAACUUGGUUUUGCUGCUGAAAGCAUUGCUAUUAUCUAGCUAUGGAAAACUCUUGUUGAUUCCGGCUGUCAUAUGGGAACAUGACUACACACCUCUCUGCCUCAAACUCAUUAAAGUAUUUGUCCUUACAUCAAAUUUUCAGGCAAUUAGAGUGACCCUGAACAUCAACCGCAAGCUCUCUCUGUUGGCCAUCUUGAGUGGCUUACUAGUAGAAAGCGCCAUGGUCUACUUCUUCCAGAGGAUGGAAUGGGACAUUGGAAGUGAUUGUGCCAUCUACAAAUCUCAGGACUUCUGAGGAGUCUUCUGAAUCCAGACUCCUACAGUUCACAAGGAAGCUGAUGGCCAGCUCCUCCUCCGCUCGAGAAGCUGUUCGCUCAUGGCCUCCCUGGGAGGAACCCACCGACUCCUUCCCUCCUGUCAGAUCCUUGUUCACUUACUUCCUUGCUGGCGCCAGGAUUGUGUUGUCAGCCCUUUCCCUUUGCACAUUUCCUCCAGACUGCCCUCUGCCACAUCACUGUCACUGUCACCAUCACUGUGCCCUCUCCCCUGCCUCCUACAGGGUAGUCUGAUGUGGAGCUCAGUGUCACCCCCCCUCCCCAGCGAAGCAGAGUCCUGUCUUCACAGGCUUUCUCUUGUGAUCCUCAUCUCUUCACUCAGACCGCAACUGCACCCUCACCAUCUACAGCCUAAAGGUCGUAACAACCUCGCCAGCCUUACAGUGCCAUGGGAAUGUUCCUGAGUCUCCUUCUGGGGGCCCUCCAUGUUUUUCAGUAAUUUCUUAUUGCUGACAGAGGAGUUUCUUAUUUCUGCGUAAGGACCAUCUUUUGUUUUCUCUAAGCGUUAGUGUGGACCUUUAUGACUUCAUCUUCCCGGGCCUGUUCUUUCCCACAUCCACCAUCUACUGCAGCCUUCUCUUGUCCAAACUUGCCUUAGUCUCCCCAGCUCCUAGGGUCACCCAGCCAGUCAUCAUGGCUUCUCCGUGAGUUUGUGGGGCUCACUCCUCUGGUGACCUUCUGGUGCUCAAUUUAACACCUGUACCAGUCCUGUGCCAAAGCUGUCCUAGCGUCAGAUCUUUUGUCCCCAACUUUUUUAAGUGCUUCUGCUUGUCAGACUGUCAAUUGUCAUUGAUAGUCAGGAAAAUAAGGUCGCUUGCCUUUAAUCAUUUGAAAACCACUAUCCUGUUUUCUGUCAUCCCAUGUUUUAUAUUUGUCUAUGUCUUAUAUUAAAAGUUCUUGUGUUUUGUUUCUGCUCAGAAGCAGGAAUUGGGAUUUGAGACCAUUGUCUUUCCCUCCUUUGCUGACAAAGUAAUAAACUUCUCUUUUCUUCUCAAAAAAAAAAAAAAAAAAACCUUUCAUGUGUUUAUGCCUCACUUCCCCAACAUGGUGACAAGUUUGGUGCCAGGAGAGACAAGCGUCAGGUUCCUCUGUUUUUACUGUCGCCCAGGGUCUGCACUAGUAAGUAUUAUUGACUUGAUUUUCAGCAGACUAUGCCAUCUGAGUGUCUCCUUGAUUAUCUACAGUUCUGUUCUUUACUACCUGUGGCCUGACCAGCUGCGCCUGAAAACGAGAAGACAUAAAAUAUAAACCAAGAUCCUCAUUUCUGAUGAGUAAAAUGAAGCAGAGAUUUGGGAAUGCUUCCUGAAAAAAAAGCAGUGGUGGUAGCAGUGGAUACCCAGCCCUUCCCACCUACCCACACGUCCAAGAACGUCAACCCUUUUUACGUGCAGACGCUGACACGCAGACCCAGGGGCUGUAGUGCGGGGACUGACACAGGCAGCAGGUGAAGGUUUAUGUUUAGACAACACCAGGUAAGCACUUCCACUUGCACACACAAUAAAAAGAUGCAGGGUUCAUUCCUUGGACAUGUUUAUAUGUUUUUGAUCGAAAUAUUGUUACUGGCUUAAAAUAAUAUGUUGUGUUCUUGUAGUAGUAGAGACACUUUCCUCUUAAUAAAGUAUUUCAGAAUAAACUGAGUUUUUGUAGAUUUUCGAUUUAAUAACAAAGUUACUAAAGUUAUUAAAUUAGUCAAAAUAAAUACAUCAUUCUUAUAAAUUCAUACCCAGUUCACCUCCAGUCUGUCUGCAUCACA